AUGGCACCGUACGUCCGAAGCACCGUCGAUCGCCUCGACAGACCUAGUGCCUACUUUCAGAGUCGCAACAAGCGCAGGAGAGAUCACAGGGAACGUGAUCGUGAUGGGGAUGAGAACAUGAAGCUCGAGCCCGAACAGUCUCCGGAGGACCCUCUCAAGGAUGCUGCUACCCUCUAUGUGGGGAACCUAUCCUUCUACACAACCGAAGAGCAAGUCUACGAACUCUUCAGCAAAGUCGGCGAGAUCAAACGCCUCGUAAUGGGGCUUGACCGCUUCACCAAGACCCCAUGCGGAUUCUGCUUCGUGGAGUACUACACGCAUCAGGAUGCCCUAGACUGUAUGAAGUACAUUGGAGGCACCAAGCUCGACGAGCGCAUCAUUCGCACUGAUCUCGAUCCUGGCUUCGAGGAGGGUCGGCAGUACGGUCGUGGAAAGUCGGGUGGGCAGGUGCGCGACGAGUACCGUGAGGAUUACGAUGAGGGGCGGGGAGGUUUGGGGCGGGCGUUGCAGUCGGAUAGGAUGAGGGAUGUGGAGAGGUCAAGAGAUGGGGGAGCAGAGUAUGGGAAGGAAAGAUGA